UGCAUGCAGUGUGUGUGACCUUAGAUCCGGGUUCUGGCAGAAUAAGCAACUGUAUAUAAGAGGCAUGUUUUCUCCUGUUAGAUACUUCUGUGACACUGCAAAGGAAGAAGAUCAUUUCGCAAAAGGUCGACUUCAUCAACUUCUCCAUGAAGAUGGCUAGCUGUGUCCGUACUUGUUGCUGCCAUGAUGGCUCUGACUACUGGAGAAGAUCAUGUUGUCAAGAGGUCCACACAAUGUGAUAAGGGUUGGUCUCUGCACGGAGAACGCUGUUUCCGCUACUUUCCAGCACCCACCAGCUGGGCUGCGGCUGAGAAAUCCUGUCUCGGUUUUCAUGGAAACCUAGCAUCUGUGAACAACGCAGAUGAGGAACAUUGGAUUCAGCGUUUGGCACGCAAGAAACGUACAUGGAUCGGAGGCACUGAUGCACACCAGGAGGGUCAUUGGGUCUGGUCUGACGGUACACCUUUCAAGUAUGUGAACUGGUGUCGAAAAGAGCCUAAUAACGCCAGGGGCAAUCAGCACUGUCUACAAAUCAAUUAUACAGCUAAAAAUUGCUGGGACGACAACAACUGCAAAGUUAGGAAAGGAUAUGUCUGUGCCAAGAAACGCUGAUGAUUCCUGGACCAACACAGAGGCAUGAAGUACUUACCAUGAUGCACAAACAUUGGACUAAACAUUAACUCUCUAAUCAAAUAUUUCUUAGCUAUCGCUGUAACGCUACUCAAGGAAAGAAGUGACAAUUGACAAACAGGAGCUGUUUCUUAGGGCCUUGUGCUUCAAAGAGCAGAUUGAAUGGUUAUAGAAAGGAUGCUUUAUGCCCAACUCUAUUCUUCAGUGAGUUGUCUUUCUUGUAUCAUGCAUAAUUAAAAGGCUCAAGCAUUGAAACAA